AGUCGACACCUUCCUCAUACCCCGGUAGCGAAGUUUGAGGCUCCGUGAAACUUACUUAGAUCGAACACUUGCCUGUCUCCAACCCAUAUUCGGACUUUGCUUCUCAGGAAUUCUAUUACAUCGGAAUAACAAGAAAAAUGAGCGUUGCACCAGGAUACGACCAGCAGCCCGGCAUGGUGCAGCCAGGUAUGCCGCAGCAGCAGACAGUCGUGGUUGGCGCCGCCCCACAGACGAUGAUCAUCAUGCAGGACUCGAAGCCUGACCCCGGAAUCUGCAUGGCCGUCUUCACCUGCCUCUGCUGCUUCUGUCCGAUCGGACUCGCCUCUCUCAUCUUCGCCUGCCAGGUGGACUCCAAGUGGGACGCAGGUGACAGGGAAGGCGCCAAAGCUGCGGCCCGGACGGCGGCUACCCUCUGGAAGGUGGCGCUGGGGAUCGGCAUUGCUGGAAUCAUCAUCGCCGUCAUCAUGGUGCCCGUCUACCUGUUCGUCAUCGUUCCCGCUCAGAUUGUCGCGGCGAUUAACGGCUAGCACCCCCUCCCCCUCUCCGCAACAUGGCUCGCUCCAACUCUAACACCUCCGACGUCAUCUCCAAGUAGAUCCUACGGUAGCAUAAUAUACUAUGAAAAGCUGGCAGAGGAGUGAAGCCGGACUAGGAGUGUGUAUACUUCGGUGCCCGUCUGAAUCUCUUUGGCCGACUAUACUCGGCACCGUAGGAUCUGCUUGGCGAUUAUUCGGACGGGUUUACUGUACAUUACAUUGUGAUGACGCUAUGUUCACCUUUAUCCGCGGGGUAACCUAUAUGCGUUGUAUUAAGAAACAGGGGAUUUAGGGAUGCCAAGUCGACGGACGGUGGUUUGAAACAGCAAUGUUUUCAAAAUGAAGCAGUUUUAAACCACGGCCCGUCAACGUGAUAAUAGUGAUAUCCCUGGAUACCAUGGGUUUUUUUUUAAAGUAACGGAAAUAGGUUACCCCUCGGAUAAAGGUGAAUUAGCGAUACGGUCGUGCUGCAACAGCAGGUACCCGUCCAAGCAGAGGUUAGGCGCCGGAUAAUUUUUAAUGCGUUUCAAGCUUUUGUAUUGGGCUUUCUAUUUUAUCAUCAUUUUUGGUCCUACAGUCAAAAACGGAAAUUAUAACAAAAUCGAAACGCCUAAAAGGCGUCAAAAAAAGCCGGAGCCUAACCUCUGCUUGGAGAGUAACUACAAAGGCUGGGAUGUAAAAAGAAAACGCAAUAUAAUAUAGCGUGGUCGAGUGUGUAAUAGUUUUCCUCAGUAGUGCCGUCCAUCCCUUGCAAAUCUAUAAGAUGGAACAAUCCGAAUAGAUAUGUUUCUUGUCAACACUCCUUGGAACUUUUCUUCCACCAUCACUCUUGUAAAGUGAUGCACAUAUUGAGAUUCCAGACAUAUAAUCUCCUACCUCAAAACAAGAUUAUCCUUGGCUUCUAACUCUGAAAUGUACAGUCAGUAACUGAUGUACCCUGUUGACUAGCCAUACACUACUUCGGUCUGUAUUGCAAAGUUGUCACGUCUACUUUGAGAGCUUAAGCUUUAUGACUUAUAGAAAUGUGUUGUGUAUACGCACAGGAAGUCAUUUGGUUUUGUCAAGCAAGUGUUAAAGAAGAUCAAUGACGAUUUUGUUAAAAAUAGGCAUUUUCUGGUUUUGAUACUCAAAAUCAGUCUGCACUGUGCAUCAAACUUGAGUCUAUCGUUUUAUUAUUGAUGUAAAUAUGAAUUUUAAGACGAAAGUCUUUCUCUUACUUCUUUCUAAAUAUUUUGGAUACGGAGUUGUUGCCGAUUUUAUGUGAGUGUCAAAAAUUAGGGUCACUAUAGCAACCACGCCUUCUAUGUACCAAUAUUUGUCACAUAUAUUUGUAUGUACAGGACUCCAGGUGUUGAUUCUUUUCUACCCAAUUUUGUCAUCAAUAAAGGUGUUUGUAAAAUCAAAGCAAA